UUCCUCAGUGAGAACCUGAUGUGGCACAUCACCUCACAAGUCGGAGAACUCAAGGUAGGAUUAAGCAUCAAACAAUUACAGACGGCUCAUAAAUAUCUCUCAGAAGGCUGGCUGGUGGUCUAUCUCUGAUCUGCCGCUGUUGAACGAUGAAGUCAGUCUUACUCCCCCCACCCAGUCCAAAAGGAGAUGAAGGUCAUUGUGUCCUGAACAUCCCUUUUUGAAUUUAUAUUUAAAAAAGGAUCUUAUUUGUCCCUGCUUAAAUAAAGGUUAAAUCCACAUACCGUCUGAAAGAGAGAAUGUCUCUUCAUCAAUGUGUUAUUCCAACUUACAGGACAUGAUAGAAAGUUGACAAGAUAAGUGCAUUAAUUUCACUGAUCUGUGGAUGGAGUACUUUAACAUGGGUAGUUUUAAAGAAAAAAUAGUGCCGUAAGAGCAGGGAACGAGAAGGAGAAAGCAAGAGAAGAGAAGAGCAGAAAGCAGAGAGAAAGAGCCAAUGACGAACCGACGAAAUGCUCCCAACGGAUAGAAAGAGAAGAGAUAGCGCGACCCCAGAGCAUCCGGCGACCUCUACCAGACCGAAGAUCCCCGUCCUCUGAUCCUCUUCUUAGCUGCGACCUCCCUCCAGGGCGUACAUACUCUCCUCUCCUCUCCUCUCCUCCAUCCAUCUCCUCUCCUCUCCUCUCCUUCCUCUCUCUCCUUCCUCUCCUCUUCUCUCCUCUCCUCUUCUCUCUCUCCUCUCUCCCUCUCCAUCAGAAACUGGUGAUAGAGAACAUGGAUGUGCUAGUUCAGAUGAGAGCUAACUUUGACAAACCCGAGGCCAUGGCUAACCUCCAAAAGAGACUGCCUGGUAACACAAGCGGAUGCACGCACACACACACACACACACACACGCACGCACACACACGCACACACACACGCACGCACACACCACACACACACACACCACCACACACACACACACACACACACACACACGCACACACACACGCACGCACACACACGCACACACACACACGCACGCACACACACACACACACACACACACACACACUAACCUCCAGAGGAGAGCGCCAAGUGAGCUGCUGGGGGGAACAGGAGGAAGAUGAGAAAACAGCCAAACAGAAUGCUUUAUCAAUUGAUGGUGAUGUGAAACACCUCAGGGGGACUGAAUCCCGUCUGAUCCUGUUAGAUCUGUGCAGUACACAACUGGAGCUCAACCAAUUGACAUCAUGAUUUCAGAGAUGUCAAGCAUGGAUUCAGUUUUUUGAUCACAAGGUCUCGGGUGCUGUGCCUCAUGAUACUAAAAGGAAAAUAGAUUGAAUGAAUGUAGCUUUUCCUCUCUUGUCUUCCUGUCCAGCGGGAGAGAACGUCCUAAAGAGGAUGACCAUCAUCGGAGUGAUCCUGUCCUUUAGGACCAUGGCACAGGACACACUGGAAGACGUGAGACACACUUACACUUAUGAUAUACUGAACGGAGCAUUUAAUGAAUUCCCCCUCUUGUGGGUAUAGGGCUGUUGUGUGUAUUGUUUGUGUCAUGUUAUAACAGUGUAAAGUCAGUUGUCAACAAGGUGACACCAGCUGCCACGACUGUUUAUGAUAUCUGUUGAGUCGCUCUUAUGAUGGAGGCUUCAAAUAAAGUAUUGAUUUCCUGCAGAAAACUCUCCUGGCCCUAGGAACCGUAUGACCAAGCUAAUCCCUCUUUUCCCUGUCUUCAGAUCAUGCAGAAGCAUUGCCCCUACCUGAUGGGGCCCAUUGAGAGCCUGAGGGACCUGGUCUCCCCUGACACAGACAUCAAGGUACAGUAUAAACAUCUCCCUGGUCUAGAGUAGAGCAUUGAUGCAGAACAGAUAAAUAUCACAGCAAAUGUUCUGUUCUUCCAUAAAUCUUCCUUACAAAUACGUAGGCAUACAGCAUGUUUUGCUUAGGUUUGGAAAAUUUGAACAUAAUCUGAGAGUAAAUAAUAGGAUAGGAUAGGAUAGGAUAGGAUAGGAUAGGAUAGGAUAUGAUAGGAUAGGGUAGGAUAGGAUAGGAUAGAAUAGGAUAGGCUAGGAUAGGAUAGGAUAGGAUAGGAUAGGAUAGGGUGGAUAGGAUAGGAUAGGAUAGGAUAGGAUAGGCUAGGCUAGGCUAGGCUAGGUAGGGUAGGGUAGGAUAGGCUAGGAUAGGAUAGGCUAGGAUAGGAUUAUGAUAGGGUUAGGUGAGGAUAGGAUAGGAUUAGGAUAGGAUAGGAUUAGGAUAGGUAUAGGAUAGGAUAGGGUAGGAUAGGAUAGGAUAUGAAAGGGUAGGAUAGGAUAGGAUAGGAUAGGAUAGGCUAGGCUAGGAUAGGAUAGGCUAGGAUAGGCUAGGAUAGGAUAGGUAGGCUAGAUAGGGCUAGGAUAGGAUAGGAUAUGAUAGGAUAGGAUAGGAUAUGAUAGGGUAGGAUAGGAUAUGGAUAGGGUAGGAUAGGAUAGGAUAGGUAGCUAGGAUAGGUAGGAUAGGAUAGGAUAUGGGUAGGAUAGGAUAGGAUAGGGUAGUGGUAGGGUAGGGUAGGGUAUGGAAGGGUAGGGUAGGGUGGAGGAUAGGAUAGGAUAGGUGGAGGUAGGGUAGGUAGGGUAGGGUGAUAGGUAGGUAGGUAGGGUAAGGUAGGAUAGGAGUAGGGUAGGGUAGGGUAGGAGAGGGUAGGGUAGGAGAGGGUAGGGUAGGGUAGGGUAGGGUAGGGUAGGGUAGGGUAGUGUAGGCUAGGUAGGUAGGGUAGGAUAGGAUAGGGUAGGAGGGUAGGGUAGGUAGGAGGUAGGGUAGGGUAGGGUUAGGUAGGGUAGGUAGGUAGGUAGGGUAGGUAGGGUAUAGGUAGGGUAGGGUAGGGUUAGGGUAGGGUAGGGUAGGGUAGGGAUAGGGUAGGGUAGGGUAGGUAGGGUAGGGUAGGGUAGGGUAGUAGGAUAGGGUAGGGUAGGGGUAGGGUUAGGGUAGGGUAGGUAGGGUAGGGUAGGAGUAGGAUAGGAUAGGCUAGGCUAGGGUAGGGUAGGGUAGGGUAGGGUAGGGUAGGAUAGGCUAGGCUAGGAUAGGAUAAGCUAGGAUAGGAUAGGAUAGGGUAGGGUAGGAUAGGGUAGGGUAGGAUAAUUACCAAUAAACAAUGGUUAAUACGGUAGCUUGUUUGAAUUACAGUGUUACUAUUUUCACAUCAGUGUCAGUUAUCGAACAUGAGUAGAGCAGUAGAGCAACAGAGCAGCAGAGCAACAGAGCAACAGAGCAACAGAGCAGCAGAGCAACAGAGCAGCAGAGCAACAGAGCAGCAGAGCAACAUAGGAACAGAGCAGCAGAGCAGCAGAGCAACAGAGCAGCAGAGCAGCAGAGCAACAGAGCAGCAGAGCAACAGAGCAGCAGAGCAACAGAGCAACAGAGCAGCAGAGCAGCAUAGCAACAGAGCAGCAGAGCAGCAUAGCAACAGAGCAACAGAGCAGCAGAUCAACAGAGCAGCAGAGCAACAUAGGAACAGAGCAGCAGAGCAGCAGAGUAACAGAGCAGCAAAAAGCUUAUUUAUGAGUUGUCUCUGACUGUGGAAAGCCCCCUGGCCUGCUUUCGUGUAGGACAGACAAAGCAAACAUGCCAGACCUGGGUUCAAAUACUAUUGGAAAUCCUUAAAAAUAACUUUAGCUGUGCUGGAUUGAGCUUGUGUAGUGCAAUGGAACCAAUAGAAAAGUCCCAAAAGUGCCAACCCUGCCAACCUGGCACUCCAAGCAGGCUAAAACAAAUACUUAAAGUAUUUGAAAGAUUUCAAAUAAUAUUUGAACCCAGGUCUGCAGAGAAAACAUGACAUGCCACAGACUGGUUCAGGAUAACCCCUAAGACGUCAGCAGCACCAGCCACCAAGCAGAGGCAGGCUGACCUCCCUGAGAGAGACACAUAAUGUCUGUCUGGUCUGCAACCUCUCAGCUAAAAUAACCACCUCAACGGGAACAUUCUGCCCCCCACCAAAAUCCCCCACUUCCAAACCCCACGCUACAGAAAGAGGGAACAGUAGUUAACCAAUGUUUUAUUGUCUCAGUUUAGGAAAAAAUAUUCACUUAAUGGAGGCCCUUUGCUCCGCUAGAAGCUAAAAGGAACAAAUAAGCUGAAUAAAUAAAUGGAGGCUUCUUUAAGAUAUAUAUAUUGUUAAAGACAUCUUGUUUAAAUGAUUCAGGUAACCCUAACGGUGUUUGAGCUGGCGUCUGCGGCAGGUCUGACUUGUGACAUCGACCCUGCCCUAGUGGCAGCCAUCGCUAGUAUGCGUACAGGUAAAUACAAUAGUCCCUGGUGGGAUGUCAGUGUUUAUACUGGUCAUGUUCCAAGACUAUCCGGCUCGAAGGACCACUUUAUGGGUUUUGCCCGAUACAGCUUUAUGACAGGACAGCAGGAUUCCACAACGUAUCCCUCUCUAUAGCUGGCCUCUGCACCGAUUGGCUAAAAGUCAAACAAAUGUACAGAAAAUGAACCUAUUAAUGCAUAUUAAUAGAAAUGCUUGUGUAUCUUUCAACUUUCUUUUUUUUUUUUUUUAGUUUCUCUAAACUCUAGAAAACAUUAUUUUCUAGAGUUUAGAAAAAAAAAAAAAAAAAAAAAAAGGAAAGUUUGCUAAAUAUGAGUUGUUCUCUCCAGAUAACUCGUCUGUUGAUGAGGAGUACAAACUGACGUGCCUCCUCCUGAUUUACAUCGCGGUGUCACUGCCCACACUGGCCCUGGACCCCAACUCCUACUACAGCAGACAUUAUGGAGGUAAGGACAGGGUUGUUGACUUGUGAUACAUCUUCUUAAAUGUCCUUUUUCGCUCCCUAUGGAGCAUAAGGUCACAACAACCCUAGCGAUACAUGUAGUUCACUGCAAAACCAACAACGUUAGUUACAUUGUGUCGCUGCCUACUCUGGCCCUGAACCCCAAACUCCUCUUACGGUCGACUGUAUGGAAGUGAGGAUGUUCAUUUAAUCUGACAACCUUUAUUAUACCCUUGGGGAAAUUAUUCUUGCAGGGCUGUAUGUUGACCUUAACGUGAUACACGUAGUUCACUCCCCCCCAAAAAAAACAGCAUUUAAAAUGUUUUCUUUGCGGAUCUCGAAAUCUGCUCCAAUGUGAAGUUGAGUGCAUGUCUGAUUCACGUGUUCAUGUGUUUAUUUGGAUCCUAAUUAGGUGUUAAAAUAGCAAAAGCUACACUUCUCAUGCCAUCUGUUGUGUGUAGAUUAGUGCUGAGCGAUUAACCGAAAUGAAUAGGUCAGCACUAGUGUAGAUCCAGCUCUAAUCGCUCUGCACUAUUUUAGAUCCAGCUCUAAUCGCUCUGCACUAGUGUAGAUCCAGCUCUAAUCGCUCUGCACUAGUGUGGAUCCAGCUCUAAUCGCUCUGCACUAGUGUAGAUCCAGCUCUAAUCGCUCAGCACUAGUGUAGAUCCAGCUCUAAUCGCUCUGCACUAGUGUAGAUCCAGCUUUAAUCACUACACUAGUGUAGAUCCAGCUUUAAUCACUACACUAGUGCAGAUCCAGCUUUAAUCACUACACUAGUGUAGAUCCAGCUUUAAUCACUACACUAGUGUAGAUCCAGCUCUAAUCGCUCUGCACUAGUGCAGAUCCAGCUUUAAUCACUACACUAGUGUAGAUCCAGCUCUAAUCGCUCUGCACUAGUGUAGAUCCAGCUCUAAUCGCUCUGCACUAGUGCAGAUCCAGCUUUAAUCACUCUACACUAGUGUAGAUCCAGCUCUAAUCGCUCUGCACUAGUGUAGAUCCAGCUGUAAUCCCUCAGCACUAGUGUAGAUCCACCUGUAUGCUGAAUAGGAAGGACACAGUAGGUACUGGGUCAUUUGAAUCUUUCAGGGGUGAAUCAUAAGUAACAUUUUCACCUAAUUUCCCAAUGACGUCAGUGCUCGACUAAGUGAAAUUCACUGUGAGUGGAAGUUAGAAUUUGCCAUACUUAUGCUAACUGGUUCAAUGCGGUUGACAUUCCACAGACACCAGUCACACCAGUUUACCAGAACUUAGGAGCACAGUGACAUCAAUGCAGUCAUCACUGUGACACCUUUGAAAGCUAUUAAUUCCCCCACUGACUUUAACUCAGAGAGGUUGACUAAUGAAAUACAUUUUUUUACUAGGGACUCUGCCUGCGUCCCAAAUGACCCUUCACCCCCAAUAGUGCACUACUUUUGACCAGGGCUCAUAGGGAAGUGCACUAUAUAGGGAAUAAGGUGCCAUUUUGGACACAGCCUUUUUUUACAGACAGCUUAAUGCUCACAUGUUUUCAUAAAAUUAGUCUUGUCAAACAGCCUGUUAAGUGAGUUGGCACAGAGCCAGAUGAAAAUCUGUGGAUCAAUAGUCAGCGAGAUGGUGACAUCAGAGAUGGCAUUCAUUUUCAGGUUUUUCUCUCUGCGUUUAAACAUGGCCUGGAAUGAAAGGAUUCGGAAACCCUGAUGAAAGACAGGUUCUGUCGAAACGUCGGCAGAUUGUUGUUGUUACAUCGGAGAUAUAGAAUGUGUGGCCAUCUUCUUUUGUAUUGGUGCUGGAUCUAAAGGAUACCUUCUAAGGUCUAGGGAGUUGACUGUUCAUUUAGUUAGGUUUCCCUCUAGCAGUGUGGCUCUGGCUUCUGCUUUGAUGAUUGAUUGAUUGACCGCAGGGCACCACAACAACAUCCAUUGUCUGGCCAUGGCCAUCAACCAGCUGAUUGAGUGAAUGAUUGAUUGCAGGGCACCGCAACAAAAUCCACUGUCUGGCCAUGGCCAUCAACUAGCUGACUGAUUGAUUGAUUGAUUGAUUGAUUGAUUGACCGAUUGAUUGAACACAGGGCACCACAACAACAUCCAUUGUCUGGCCACGGCCGUCAAUCAGCUGUCUGCAGCCAUGUUCACCGCCGAGAACAAGAACAUAGAACAGCACCUCAAGGAGUUCCUCCUGGUACGUAAUCAACCUGAAACACAUCUCGGAAACAAGUCAUAUUGAUACGGGACAUUCUCAUCUAAUAAAACAGUUGUCCUGUAGUUUUAAAUGAACUGCAAAGGUGAUCCUAUUCUUCCAGGUGGCGUCAUCCACUCUGCUCCAGCUGGGUCAGAAUGUAGAGAAUAGAAUGGACAGCAAGAACAGAGACUCCAUCUACCUUCUCCUGCACAUGGUAGGCUCAGGUCUCCUUGGAAACAUGCAUAGCCUACAGUAUUUCUACUUAUAGUAAUGUUGAAAAUGGCAGGGCCCCAUAACGAGGUCCCUAUGGGCCGUUCUGGCUCGGACAAGGAUUACUGACUGGCCCAUAACAAGGUCCCAGACGUUUCCCCUGUCAGGUCACAUGGUCAGGAGAAAACGUCUGACUUUAGUCAAUAAUCAUUUUUACUGUACAUUAACCUUUUAGUCUGCAUGAAUAAUGUAUUCUCUUCACCUGAUUGUCCACCUACCUACUCUAUAGAUCGUGGAGGCGUCUCCGUUCCUGAGCCAGGACAUGUUGGAGAGCUGUUUCCCUUAUGUCCUGUUGAGGAACGCCUACAGAGAGGUCUACAAGACCUUCAUCAUUACGCUGGGCUAA